AUUAAUAUUGCUAUUAAUUUAUACUGGAAGAAAAAUUUCUGGAAAAUUUUCCAAAAAUAUAGGGGUUCUCAUCAGAACGUCAGGACAAUUUGUCGGUAUAUUCUCUCACUUGUUCAGUGCUGAUUAAAGUUUUUAAUAUCCGUAUGUACCAUUGGCUCCAUUAUUCCGGGACGCCGUAAACUCAAACAAUAGAAAUUCAUUGUGUAUGCUCUACAAAUAGCCUAGGAAUAGAAUCAGGGGGGAAUGAAAAUUUAACCGCGAGAAUUUUCACAUGAGCAGUUGCUCCGACGAAUGAUUCCUGACUUUUCCAUUAUUACUUAAUCCACCCCAGGAAAAUCAUUACGCAAAUCCACCCCCACAUUACAAAAAAUAAAUUACAAUUCCCAAAAUUUCCGUAAUUUUUACAUUGACGAGUCGAUAAAAAUCGUAUGAGGAAUUAAAUUCCGCGCGUGUCGCGGGACAGUGAAAAAUUAACGGUAGAAUUGACUGAGAUAAAUAGCAACGAGAUGAUAAUAAUUACCUGACGAUGCCUCGUUGCUGCGGGGCAUCGCCGAUCUCUGUGAUGGAUGGGGAUGAAUCACCGCAGAGUCUUGGACUUCACAUUCAGGAUGGAAAUCCGAGAAACAAAACGGCUUUGGCACCCGGCCACAGUCUCAUGGACUGGAUUCGUCUGGGUUCAUCUGGAGUUGAUCUCACUGGAGUUGGAGGUGUCAGCCAAGCUGUAACACUUGCAGAACUCGCCAAGCACAAUCAGAGAAAUGACGCCUGGAUAUCUAUCCGAGGCAUUGUGUUCAAUGUGACCCGAUACAUGGACUUUCAUCCUGGUGGUAUACCCGAGUUGAUGAAGGGAGUGGGAAAGGACGCGACAAAAAUUUUUGAAGACGUGCACGCGUGGGUUAAUUACCAGAGUAUUCUGCAGAAGUGUGUAGUGGGAAGGUUAAUUAGAGGGAAUGGAGUUGAAGAGACCAGUCCUUUUGGCAAUGAUAAAAUUACUAAAAUAUCACCACUAGCCGCUGGGGCUAAAACUUCAGAGACUGCGAAAAAAACAUCAACGACUCCAGUAAAAAUUCAGAGCGACUGGAAGCAAACGACCAACACCGUGACCUUCGCCUACAAGCCAUCGAGAGAUCAAAAGUCUCCAAUUUUCCAAUUAAUCCGUCACAGUGCCACAGAAUUUUCCCUAAAAACCGUAUUCUCCACUUCAUCCAUUACUCACGAUUACGAUCUAGACAAUGGAGUCCAGUGGCCACCGACCUGGCGACGAGAUUUCGAAUCGAUGGACGUCGAAUUCACAUUUACAAAGGCAACGGGAAAAUUAUGGAGCCAUUACGGCAGCAGAACAGUCACCAUUGAUUCAAAAAAUGACAGAUGUUUCAGGGAUUGGGAAGUCGUCAGCAACACAUCACUCUGUCACUCCGUUAAUCUCCUAGUUUUAAGAUGCAGCGAUUACAUGGAACUCACACCAGUAGGCAGACAUAUAGAAGCCAAGAUGAGUGUCCUAGGUAUGGAAAUUUCAAGGCCUUACACACCAGUUCCACCUUCACUCCAUCCUGAUCACGAGGCACCUGGAUACAAACCCAACAGCCUGUGUCUCAUGAUAAAACGAUACGACGAUGGCGCCCUAACUCCGUCCAUAACAGCUCUUAAGCAAGGGCAGUGCCUGAGUUUGAGUAAUAGUCUGGGUACCUUUGUGGCUGAAUCCUUUGAUGACUACACCGCCAUUCAUAUGCUUGCCGCAGGCACAGGUUUAACACCAAUGCUCGGUAUUAUUCAUCGGUCACUGUGUCGGCGUUGUGUGAGAUCGAUAAAUCUUAUUUAUUUCAAUCGAAACGAGACGAGUAUUUUCUAUCGAGAGCAGUUGGACAGGGUCUGCGCUGAUAAUAGAUUAAAUGUUGUCCACGUACUAUCUCAGGCUGAUGACGAUUGGACUGGGAGACGUGGAAUUGUCUCUGAGGAUUUAAUUAGAGAUGUUAUUGGCGAGUGUAACAAGCAGGCAUGUGUCUUCACGUGCGGACCUGCAGGAUUUAUUACUGCUGCUAAAACGUCGCUAUUGAAAUUAGGCUGGCAGCCCUCUCAGAUGCACAACUUCGACGGAUAGUUUUAGCUUCACCGAAAGUACGAAUUUGUCCAAGUACAACUCAUCUGCGGAUUAAACGACUGAAAUUAAUUAGUGAUUUAGCUGGAAUAAUCUCCCGGUGACACAUGCCUGAAAAAUAAUGGUGAAAGUAAUUCUGUUUUAAAUGUUGAAUUGCUUCAACAGUAGAAGUGAGGAACAUCUGCCAAUCUCUCCAUCUAUCCUGAUAUAUCCGUGAUAAGUAGAGUACAAAUAAUUUUAUCUUCCUUUUGGGUAUCAACUCUCAUCGGCAUCAUCGCUCAUUACGUAAUAGAAUUUUAGAUAAUGUGAUAAAGGGGAUCGUCAUCCGAAUUUAAAACCCAGAUUAAUCCAGAAAGUUGUACAGGUGAAUGUCUUUUUAUGAAUUUUCAGUGAAUUAAUUGAGAAGAUCGAUUGUACUGAUAUUUGCAGAUUGAUUCUAUGUUAAUUACGUCGAAGGCUAUAUUUAUAUGUAACUCGCACCUGAGAUGAAGGAAAUGUAUAUCUAGAAUAAAUUGAUCAUUUCGUUGAUGCAAACUCA